AUGAAGAUCUUAAUUGUAUUUCUCUUUUUAUUAAUCUCUUCUAUUGAAUUACGUCGUCAUGAUGACGAUAUGUAUGACUUAGAUGAUAUUCUGAAUACCAACUAUAAUCAUAAGCGUCGUCCACAUAAGCAAAAUUUUUAUGAUCAAAAUGAUGAUGAACAAUAUUAUCCAUCAUCAUAUCAAGAUGAAAAAUUGUCUCCAUCACAUAAAAAACCUUUUGAUCAAAACGAUGAUAUUAGCGAAGAAUCUGAAAAUAACGAUGAUAUAACAGAUAAAAAAAUACCAUCAUCAAAGCCAACAAUUAAACAAAAUGAUUUAUCUGAUACAUUAUUAUGUACUAAUAAAUAUGAUAUUAAAUCUGAACAAUUAGUUAAAGUAAAAGAAUUAAAAAAUGGUGCACAUAUGAUACGAUAUGUUCUUAUUGAUAAAAGAUCAUUAUCAUCAAAUAUGAAUAUUCAAGAUAAUUGCAUGCUUAAUUGUUGUGAAGAAACAACUUGUGAUUUAGCUAUGCUUAGCGAACAACCUACUCAUGAUGGUUAUAAAUGUUAUUUAUUUGCUUGUAAUGGUAGUUGUAUAUUAGCAUCACAUCAAGAUUAUACAAUUAUGAUACCUAAAAAGGAUUCAGCAUAUUAUACGAAAUCAAUAACGAAAAAUAUUGAUGAAAAAUUAACAUCAACAAUUGCUAAUGUUAUCGUAACAGAGAAAAAAUCAUAUUUUCGUGAAACAGCUGUUAUUUUAUUUCUUGUUUUGGGCCUUCUAUGUACAAUUAUUUUAUUUAUUAUACUCUGUUGUUAUUGUCGAAGAGUACGAAAUGGCCGUAGACUGAAAAAUUAUGCUGUUGAUGCUGAUUAUUUAAUCAAUGGACUUUAUCUAUAA